CUGGAUACCAGGAAGUUGAAAACAAUAAACAUAAUCGCUAGCUAACGUUAGCUAGCAACUGAUCUCUGACCACAACGAUUAACGUUAGCUAACAAAACUAAGAUUUGAAGUGAUAACGUUGAAGAAGGAAUAGAUGAAAGACCAUAUUCAAUAGAAGAACGAACAUUAGCUGUUUAAAACAGUUGCGUAGUUUAGAGUUUUAUAUUUAGUUUCCGUUACUCUCCAGACGUUCGUUAGCUUUCUGCUAUCAGUAUCAAAAUAACAGGGGGCAAGUAGCUAGCUGACCAUCACUGGGCAGGUUUGACAAACCAUGUCCGCAUCCAAUUUCAAAAAUAAAUGUGUCACACAAGUGAACUGUAUUUAUUGUGACAGUCUACUCUGCACAAGAGGCAUGAAAGCAGUGCUUCUCGCAGACACCGAGAUCGAGUUGUUUUCCACCGACAUACCACCCAACAGGACUGUUGACUUUGUGGCAAGCUGCUACUCCACCGAAAGUUGCAAGUGCAAACUGAGAGACAUUGCUUGUCUAAAAUGUGGCAACGUUGUUGGGUAUCACGUUGUGGCACCUUGCAAGCCGUGCCUGUUGUCCUGUAACAACGGCCACUUCUGGAUGUUUAACAGUGAUGCUGUGUCUACUCUCAACAGGCUGGAUGCCACAGGCCUGAAUCUGCUGCUAUGGGGGGACCUUCCUGAACUAGAGGACAGUGAGAACGAGGGUUCAGACAGUCCCCUGGAGGAGGAGUGCAUCAGGUAGAGCAAGAGAGGGAGGCGAAAGAGGAGAGAUGCCUGGAUGUGACCUGAGUCUAUCCUACAGGAACAGACCUAUGCUGGAGCAAAGAGAGAAGCAUGUGAGGGAGGAGGAGCAGCCUUACCUAGUGACUAAUCUGCCCUUGCAACCCAUCGCCCAGUUAGAAGCACGCACAUCAUUCUCUCUUUGUUCAUGGCUCUCUCUCUCUGAACUGGACUCUUGGGGUUUUCCAAACCAUUGAUCUACUCAAACGUCAUCUCUGAUUCUAUACUUACUCACAUUUCAUGUGACAAACCCAAACUUCUACAGCUACUGUAUGCUGAUGGAAAAGCAACUGAAACCUUAUUGGAUGGAUGGACAGAUGGAUGGACAGUCUUGACUUUGCAUGACUGUGAAGCUUCCCUUUUUAGCCAUUGGAAGAUGGCCUAUAUACUUUAUUUAUUUAGGUUUGAAAACAAAUCAGUCACAAUGACCUUGUUUUGAUUUGGGACACUGACAUUGUUUACAUAGUGUUUCCUGUUGAUCCUGUUGACACAUGAAGUCAAUCCCUGUCAAAUGAUUUUGCUGAAUUGAUAUUCUAUUGCAGCAAAACAAUGGAUUAGUAUUGAAUUGCAUUUGAAGGUGGAUAUUUUAGCUCUUUAUGACUGAAUCUUGACUGAUUGGUUGAGUGCUUUUUAAAUCUCACACUGUAAAAAGAGAUCUGAAUGGUACCUGUAUAUGAUUUACUGUAGCCUAACCACCGCAGUCAAAGCAAACAUUACCUCUGUCUCAGCCAACCUCAGACUCCUCAUGCUCCUCUGUUCUAAUGGCCUUUCUUUAGUUCUGUGAUUUUGCUGGAGAUAUAGUACUGUAGCUGUGUCUGUGGAGCUAUACAAGCUAAAAGGCAUGUUUGUGGAUCCACAACGUGGACAGGGUUUUUUGGUAUAAGGAGGAAAGGAUGGAUGGAUCAUCUGUUCAUUUGUCAGCUGUAGGAUCUCGCAGCUACUGUGUUUUACUGCCUGCCUGUCAGCAUCCACUGCUGUCGACCCCACGGUCAAGUAUCCUCAAGUAGCAUAAAUGUACGUGUCAACUUCCAGCCACAGUUUGACUACCAUACUAAAGGGUAACUUGAAGGCUAUUAUGGGGGAUUAUAUGUUGUGUUAAAUUGAUGACAUAUUUAGAUGGAGACACAAAUUACUACUAUUAUCUGUCACAUCUUUGUAGCCACUUCAUAAAUAAUAUAUGUGGAAUUUAUUACAAAAUGAGUCAUAUGAAUAAGGGGAAAAGAAGAAGACGUAUUUUUAAGUUUGACACAUUUGAUAGGACUGUAACCACAUAGAAUUUCAUUUUUGUUUACGGAAGCGUGUCUUGUAUUGUGCUGUAGGUCUUCUGAGUCUAUGUAGAUGUUUGAGAACUGUGUGUGUUCCACUGUUACCUCAGCGGGUAUCAGCUGUGAGCUUCCUCUGCCAUGUAUAGCUAGGAGAUAAUCAAAGAGAGCGUACCCAAACUGUUAGAAAAAUAUUUUCUAACUGAAAACGGAUUCACUUAUGAGUAGUGUGCUUUUAUUUAUAUAUCUGAAUGUAUGUAUUUAUUAACACUGUAUUUAUACCAAUGUUACAUUCCCUGCUGACAAAGUAUAUUUUGAAAAAUUGCACUGAACUGUAUUGGUAGUUUGAAACCAGAUUUUUUUAUGAUUGUUGUAUUAAUAAAAUUAUUUC